ACACACUUUUGUCUCUAAAAAUGGUGAUGUUUCAUAUCAGGAGUAGUUCACGAUCUGCCACGUCAAUUACCGGUAACGAUGUAUCUUAGUGAAAAGUACGCGUAAAAGUGUGUGUCAGUCAGUGAGUCGGCAAUUGUUUUUGGACGCAACAGAUUGAGCUGAGCGGGUUCCACUGUCAAGUUAUUAUUAUUUUUUUGCUAGCAAGCUAGCUUGUGGCUAGCAUUGCCGGAAAGCUUCACGAUGAGUUUUUCACGGGAGAUGAAACUGCUGCAGAAAGCGAAAAACAAAGCCCAGAACAGCAAGGACAUAAGAGAGGAGGCCACCAUCUGCAAUCAGCUUGGAGACCUGCUAUCAAGAAACGGUGACUAUGAAGCAGCCAUUAUGGAGCACCGGCAGGAGUUGUCGCUGUCUGAGGUGUUAAACGACAGAAUUUCACGAGCUGUGGCCCAUCGUAAGAUUGGAGAGUGCUUUGCUGAGCUGGGCAACAUUGAGGCUGCACUGAAACAUCAGCGCUGUCACCUGGACUUGGCCCGCUCUGUCAACGAUCUCGUAGAGGAGCAGCGGGCGCUCGCCACGAUUGGUCGAACUUAUCUCUUCCGCUUUGAAUCGGACCAAUCGAAGAAAAGUCUCAAAGAAGCAGAAGAUGCCUUCCGGAAGAGCCUUAGUAUUGUAGAUGAUCUUCUCGGGACUGUGCCAGAGCGAGACAUUCAUGAAAUGAAGGCUCGACUUUUCCUCAAUCUCGGUGUGGUUUGCGACCACCUGGGAGAACCCAAGCGCUGCAGCGAGUUCAUUCGACGCAGUGUCUUCACCGCAGAGAAGAGCGGGCUGCUGGAGGAUCUCUAUCGGGCCAACUUCCACCUGGGCAACAUCUUCUUCCGCAACGGCCAGCACUCCAACUCCUUGCGCUGCCUCGAGCAGGCCAAAGAAUGCGCCCGGAAGAUGAAGGACAAGUUCAGCGAAAGCGAGUGCUUCUAUUGCAUCGGCAAGGUCCAGCUUUCUUUGGGUGAUUUUGUGACCGGGAGACGAUCCUUUAAAAAAGCGCUGUUGUUGGGUUCCCAGCAGCCACAAGACAGGCAAGCGGUGAAGAAACACUUUAAAUAUGCCGACCGGGGCUGUAAGCUUGAAGAGGAGUUGGGAGAGGUUCAGGCCAGGAAACCGAGCUCCCAUGAGGCUGUGGGGUUAGAAGAACAACUCGGAGAUCUCUACUGCAAGGUUGGCUGCUUCCACAAAGCUGUGAAUGCAUAUCAAGCUCAGCUUACAGGCGCUGAGGCGUUGGGGAAGCCCGCACGCGAACUGGCGGUCAUCCACGUGUCUCUGGCCACCACCUUCGCUGACCUGGGGCGGCAUAGUGAGGCUGUGGGGCACUACAAGCAGGAUCUUGCGUUACGGCAGGGCAGCCCGGCCGAGGAAUGUAGCUCUUGGCUAAACAUCGCAGCGGCCCAGGAGGAGAGCGGCAGUGCCCCAGAGGAUCAGGACAGCAGCUACAGUGCGGCUCUUCACUGUGCUCAGACGAGUGGGCAGGCAGGAUCACAGAAGCGUGUUUUGAGGUUAUGGUUGGCAGCCCGGAGGCGAAAGGGCUCGUCGGACGCCAACGACACUGAAGCCAAGCUGCUGGAGCUAUGUGCUUCCGAAGGUUGGAAUCCAGAUGGAAGCGAUGGAGAGGAGGCGUUGGAGGAGGAGAUGGACAACAGUGAAUCUCAGGAUGAAAGUGAUGUCAUCCUCUCAGACUCAGAUGAGGACCUGGAGGGAUAUGACAAGAUGGUGUCCGGGAGGAGGAAAGCAAGAGGGUGGAACAAGCGCAAUAUCAAGGGUGAGACAGCCGUCCACAGAGCGUGCAUAGACGGCGACUUGAGGCAAGUCCAGUAUCUGAUAGAACAGGGCCACCCAGUGAAUACUAGAGACAACAUUGGCUGGACUCCCCUGCAUGAGGCCUGCAACUUUGGUCGCUAUGACAUUGUGGCUGUGCUGCUGGACCGAGGUGCCCACAUUAACGAUCAGGGAGGCAAAAUGUGUGAGGGUUUGACUCCUCUGCACGACUCCCUGAACUGUGGCCACUUCGAGGUGGCCAGACUCCUGGUGGAACGAGGGGCCGCCGUCAACCUCCGCAACGCUAGGGGUCAGACUGCUUUGGACACACUCCGUCAGUGGCAAAGGACGUACAAAAAGGAGCUGGACCAUGAGACCAGGCAAGCGUGUGCAGCUACAGAGCGACUGCUGAUGGAGGCGGUUGCAGGAGUGCACGUCGCGGCCACCCCUCCCAAACCUUUUGACGCUCUGCAGGACAGCCAGCUGUUCGAUGCCGAAAACUCUGAGCCACUUUCGUCCACUGGAGGGGGCUCUGCCACCAGUCAAGACAGGUCCGGGAGCAGCGAUUGGUUGAAGGCGAACGCUUGUAUUAGCCUCAAGAAGCGGCAACUCUGCAGUUCAUCGGAGCGGCUCCCAGCCAGAGGGACAGAGGCCACUCUUCUUUAUGGGCCAAGCUCUUCAGACGACAGCGACUCCGACAGCCCUGUUAGUCCCCUACGUCCAGUCCGCCAAAGACUCUCCGUCCAAGCAGCUCAGAGUCAAAAAGAUACAACUCCAAAUCAAGAAGUGGGUUCAGUUACUAACCCUGGCCGGGAAAGUGGGCAGGAUCCCCCUGCGCCUUACGUCUUCGCACGGGACGAAUACCACAGCGCUAUUCGAGGGUUAGGCAGCGCUAAAACCCUACUACAAGGCCGCUCAACACAGCCUCACAUCCCCAGCACGCCUGGCCCUUCAUCCAGCAGCAAAUCAGCUCUGGUUCCCACAGAGGAAUAUAUGGAAGAUGACUGGCUGGAUGAUGAUUUGGCAGAGAGGCAGCCCAAAAAGAAGAGGCGGAUUCAAGAUGAGCAGAACUCUACUGCGAGGGUUCCUAACUCUCAGAUGUCCUACAGGAGUUCUGCACUUCCGCCUUCCAGCGCCAGGGGGCCCUCUUUGAAAAGGAAUAGCUCACUGAAGGCACAGCAGGUGAAAAUGACUCAGAUGCCUGGCAUGAUCCGUUUGGGCAGACGAGAAGUCAACACGUCACAUAGCCCCACCCUGGCAGAUGACGACGGGAGACCAGACACGCCUCCACCACCUCAACGAAUACACAUGCAGAUGAUGGCUGCCUCUACCCCCACAACACUUCCUCCACCAAUAAGGAUGAGGGUCAGAGUUCAGGAUGACAUUUUCCUCAUCCCAGUUCUGCAAAGCGAGGCAGACUCUUGCACUGUGUCAUGGCUCUGCGACCAGGCGGCACAGCGUUACUACCAGAAGUGUGGCUUGCUGCCCCGCCUGUCGCUGCAGAAAGAGGGCGCUUUGCUGUCCCCGCACGACCUACUGUUGGCCGUCCUGCACACCAACGAGGAGGUGUUGGCUGAGGUGUCGUCUUGGGACCUCCCCCCUCUUCAGGAGCGCUACAAGAAGGCGUGCAUCAGCCUGGCAGUGGAGGAGAACAGGCGCGUGACGCGGCUGUGCGAGAUUCAGGACGGGAGCUCCUCCAUGUUGGUGUGCGGCCUCGGUUUGGCCGCGUCCUCCCUUCGCGCCCUCCUCCGUGCCCUCAAACUGCAGGCCAGCCUCACUGAGCUACGCAUGUCGGGCAACCGCCUCCACGACAACCUCCUCGCCGAGCUGGUCGCCACCGCCGCCACCAUGCCUCGACUCUGUCUGUUGGACAUUUCGGCCAAUCAGGUCACAGGGGAGGGGCUGGAGAAGGCCGCAAGUACCAUAAAGGGACUUAGCCAUCCUGCAUUUCCAUGUCUGAAGGAGUUGAACCUCAGCCUGAACCCACUGGGUGACAAUAUAUCAGAGUCUCUGUCCUCGCUGCUGUCCUCCUGCCCGCUCCUGGCUGAGCUGUCUCUGCGCGGCUGCGGCCUGACAUCGCGUUUCCUGCAGCAGCAUCGUUUGCUGCUCGCCAGUGCCCUGACAGGCAUGGGCCACCUCAAGUCAGUGAGUCUUUCCCACAAUGCACUAGGCUCCACUGGAUUUGAGCUAGUUCUGAAAACGCUGCCUCUACACGCGCUCACACACUUGGACCUGUCGGGUGUGCGUAGGGGCACAACUGAUUACCCGGCGCUGGAGCACCUCGCCAACAUCCUGUCGCAGGAUGACUGUUCACUAACCCACCUCAAUUUGGCAGCUAAUGGCUUAACUGAUGGCAGUGCAGCAACCUUGGCCAGGUGUCUCCCUAUAUGCCUCAACCUGGUGAAUUUGGACCUGUCAGGAAACCCUUCAAUCACCUCAAUAGGAUUGCACAGCAUCCUCAGCGCCCUCCGAGAAGCACGUCGGUCGCUGACUCUUCUAAACCUUCAAGGUUGCCAGGUGUCGGGGCCUUUGGACAGCGAGGAUCUGGAUGCUUUGUCUGAGCUGAUUCAAGACCUGCGUCUUUGCUCUCAGGGCCUCAACAAGCUGGAUCGGCAGGCUUUAAAGCAGAGCUGGACCAGUAGUAAACCUCACGGCUAUUUUGUAGACCGAAAAGCAGCGUUCUUCCUCUCUACUGCGGCCACUAUGUGAUGUAAAUGUUUGUAAAAUGUGCUUGCAGACUAGAGACAGUGUUAUGUAGUUAUUUGUUAAAUCACGUGAAAUCUGCAGCUGCAUUUUAUUUCUCAAAAUAUUGUUAAAAAUUAGCUUGUAACAGGAUUUCUUAUAAACCAGAAUCUGCACGUUAUUAGAACAACAUUUUAACAGUUUUGUGUAAAUACUUA